AUUCUAAUGAAAGUGAUUAUGUGCACAGUUGAAUUUAGAGUAUGCUCUUGUAUUCGUUUGAUUAUGUACUUGGAGUAAUUUAUUACAAAAAUGGUUCAGAAUACCCUUUGCUCGUUUUGUGCGAAAUAUUUAUUGUAUGCUAAAAUUAACCACGGGUGCUGAUGGUUGCUGCCAGGAUGUUUUGGGAGGUAUUUGGCAGCUAUAGAAAUGGGUUCUUCACUUGCAACAGAUGUUCUUAAGUAAGACAGACAGACUGCCUUUUCAAUCUUGUGAAGUUUGAGAUCAUCGGGUAGCGCGGCAUGGCUGGUUUCAAACGGGGUUAUGAUGGAAAGAUCGCUGGGCUGUAUGAUAUGGACAAAACCCUGGGUAGGGGCCAUUUUGCAGUCGUGAAGCUCGCCCGUCAUGUCUUCACAGGUGAGAAGGUAGCAGUUAAAGUUAUUGAUAAAACCAAACUAGAUACUCUAGCCACUGGGCACCUUUUCCAGGAAGUUCGGUGCAUGAAGUUGGUGCAGCAUCCAAACAUUGUUCGCCUGUAUGAAGUGAUUGACACACAAACCAAGCUUUAUCUGAUACUUGAGCUGGGCGAUGGAGGAGACAUGUUUGAUUAUAUAAUGAAGCACGAGGAAGGCCUUAGUGAAGAGCUGGCUAAGAAGUACUUUGCACAAAUAGUUCAUGCGAUAUCAUACUGUCACAAACUCCAUGUAGUUCACAGGGACCUGAAACCAGAAAAUGUGGUCUUCUUUGAGAAACAAGGACUUGUGAAACUCACUGACUUUGGAUUCAGUAAUAAGUUUCAGCCUGGGAAGAAGCUGACUACUAGCUGUGGGUCACUUGCAUAUUCUGCACCAGAGAUACUGCUGGGCGAUGAGUAUGAUGCACCUGCAGUAGACAUCUGGAGCUUGGGAGUAAUUCUUUUCAUGCUGGUUUGUGGUCAGCCCCCAUUUCAAGAAGCCAAUGAUAGCGAGACCCUUACCAUGAUCAUGGACUGCAAGUAUACUGUACCAACACAUGUCUCCAAGGACUGCAGAGAUCUGAUUACCCGGAUGCUGCAGAGAGAUCCAAAACGUAGAGCAUCUCUGGAAGAGAUUGAGAACCAUGCAUGGCUCCAGGGAGUUGAUCCGUCACCUGCAACAAAGUACAAUAUUCCCCUUGUCUCGCACAAGAACCUGUCAGAAGAGGAACAUAACAGCAUAAUACAGCGCAUGGUCCUUGGUGACAUUGCAGACCGAGAUAAUAUCAUAGAGGCUCUGGAGACCAACAAGUAUAAUCACAUCACUGCUACUUACUUCCUUCUGGCUGAAAGGAUCCUAAGAGAAAAACAAGAAAAGGAAUUGCAAAACAGAUCUACCAGCCCAAGUAACAUUAAAGCCCAGUUCAGGAUUGUCGAUACCACAGUCUGUGAGCAGCACCUUUCCAAAAGGCAAUCAUGGCCAACUAAAAUUGAUGUGCCACAGGAUCUUGAAGAUGACCUUACUGCUUCUCCUAUAUCCCAUUCUACUGUUCCUCAGUCUCCAGCACGCACUACAGACUCAAUACUAAAUGGACAUAGAAAUAAAGCAUCUACUGAACCGGUGAAAAAAGAGGAUACCCCUGAUCUUGCAGGAGCAGCUGCACUGAUGACAGCGGGUGCUUUGAUUAAGCCCACAACAAGUGGACUGACCUGCCUGUUUAGGGUGGAGGAGGAUGAGGAGGAAGAGGAAGAAGAUAAAAAGUUGGCUUCUUCACAAGGUCAAGUAGUUUUACGUCGCAAACCUUCUAUUACAAACAGACUGACUUCCAGAAAAAGUGCACCUGUCCUUAACCAAAUCUUUGAAGAAGGAGAAUCUGAUGAUGAGUUUGACAUGGAUGAAAAUUUGCCCCCAAAACUUAGUCGUUUAAAAAUGAACAUUGCCUCACCUGGCACAGUACAUAAGAGGUAUCACCGGAGGAAAAGUCAAGGCCGGGGCUCUAGCUGCAGUAGUUCUGAAACCAGUGAUGAUGAUUCAGAGAGCCGAAGACGACUAGAUAAGGACAGUGGGUUUACAUACUCAUGGCAUCGUCGAGACAGUAGUGAAGGCCCACCUGGUAAUCAAGGAGAUGGUGGUGGCCAGGGUAAGCCAAGUAAUGGAGAUGCAGGAAUGGACAGAAGUAGCCCUGGUGAUGAUGAUAAAGGUGGAGGCAGCCCCUCUAGCAGUUCCAGUGGUACUACAAACACCACUUCUGGCUCCACACGCAGCUGCUCUGCAUCAGGGAACUCCUCUUCCCCAAAAUGUGCGGGGGAACUUAUUGAGAGUUUAAAACUGAUGGGUCUCUGCCUGAGCUCUCAGUUUAAUGGCAGCAGCAAAUACAUAAUUGAUCCUCUUAAUAGUCUAUCUUUUUCCAGUGUAAAGGUCCAAGAGAAGUCCGCCUGGAGGAUGUGCAUAAACUCUAAUGGGAAUACAGACAAGUCUCUAACUACAUGCAGCACAAAAAAAUUUUUGGACCAAACAGCAGAUACAGUGAAUGAACUAGAACUGAUAAAGGAAAACAACAUGAACUUGAAAAACAACAUCUUACAACUACCUCUCUAUGAAAAGACUAUCUCUGUGAAUAUUCAGCGAAAUCCCAAGGAUGGUCUGCUUUGCACUUCCAAUCAGACCAACUGUUGUCAAGUCAUUUGACCAAGUUGUGACUCAGUAGCUUGUUUUACUUGAUUCCAUUUUUUCUUGUGCAGAACUGUGAAUACCUUCUUUUGGUGCACCCCCUUUUUGUUGUCUUAACAUUUUAAAUGGGCUCUAUGGGCAGUUAUUUAUUGCUAUGAAUUUUAAUUUGCGUGUGCUAGGUUGUAUGACAAUGCAUGGUCCUUGUGCAUGCUGCUAGGCAGUCUCCUUUUCUGUUAUCCAUGUGACUUAGUUAUUUUAUUGCGUUACUUCUGCUUUUGCAUCCUUUAAGUGCAAAAUUGAAUCCAGGUCGGUGUUUCUUAAGCUAAACAUUAAUGAAGCAGAUUGUUGCUUCAUAUAUAGCACUUAAGCUAAAAGAAGCAUCAUUUGUGUAGUGAUAUGUUGAUUCUUGUUCUGAACUUCUUUGUUUCUGAUAUGUGAUAGGGUGGUAUGUGUCAGUGUGUAAACCCAGAACCAAAGCAAUAAUGUAAUUCUGAAAACUCUUGAGGGAGCUUUCGGAUAUUCCAAGGCUUGUACAAAGCAAAAAUGCACUGGAAGUUACUUAUCUUGAAGUGUACCAACCUGAUCUUAACAGUCUUAUGUUAUAGUAAAAUAUGUGUUGUUGAUAGCAUUUCAGCCUGAUAUUACCAGAUCCCUAGUAUUACUAGCUGGAAAAGGCUGAAGACAAACAGUAGUCCAUGAAGGACUAUAAAGGAUCAUUAGGAAGGACUAUAAAAGAUCAAUAGAACUUUGUUCAUCUUACAGUCAGACAAUCCUGUUUUAAAGUACUUAGACAAGUUGUAUAUACCGUAUAUGUGACUUUGAGUUAAUAUACUGUAUUCAUAAUUUCUAAGUUUUAUUCUUAAAGAUAAGAAACAGUCUUACACAUUACCUCAGUUGCUAGUAUUCUGUUCUGUGCAUCAUAGAAAUCUAAAAUUUUAGCCAUUUUUUUCCUUUGAUUUUGUGAUACCCUAAAUAUAGCAUAGCUGUUUUGUGUGUUAAAAGGGAUGGGAGCAUUCUGUUGACUCUGGGGUUAAACACCUUUUACUCUGAAUUUAAUUCUUAGUUAGUAACAGGUAGCUGCUGCCUAGCUACUGAAGUUUAUUGCUGUACAUGUAUGACAUUAGACUGUUAUUGGUAAAGUAAUGACAUGUUUUAUAGUAUCUUAACUGCAAUCAUGAUAUUCUUUGAUUUUAAACUCAAUUCCAGCAUCACUGUGCGCAGUUGAAAAAGAGGUAGUGUUGAGCCUCAGACACUGCCUUCAGAACUUCCUGUUUCAUGCACUGCCAUGAAUUAAGACUGGUUAAUUUAAACAGGAAGUCCAUAUGGUGUAGAGGUAAAAAGUAAGUUGCCGAAGUGGUUCCCCACCCAGUAGCAUUUCUGGUGUUUACCAUGCCAUUCUCCAGCUUAGAUAACAUAGAGCACUGCUCAGAAUACAGUGAAGCAGAAAAAUCUAUUUAGAUUUUUUCGGUCUUUGUUUCAGCCUUAUGUGGAUACAUUAAAAGUACUGUUUUAGAUUUUUAUUGCUUAAUUAAAAUUACACUGUCCAGUAAUGCUAGUCGUGCCCUGUGCAUAAAAUGGUGCUACUUAACUGUACACCUAGCUGAGUUAGUUAUUAAGUGACAACAGUAGUGGAAAUGAUUUUAUUAAUAGAGUAGUUUAAUUAAGUCUGCCCACUGCAGAUUCACAGGAGUGUGUGUUUAUGUAUGUAUGUGGGAGUAUAUUUGUGUCUGUAUGAAAAGCUCUACAUAGGCUAAGCCGUGGAGCUUAUAAGCUUGAUAUUUUCAUCAGGGAUCAGUCAUCUCUGAAUGGCCAGAGCUGGGAUAUGUGGUUCACCACUAUAGAGUGCUUAAUAAAUGGCUGUACAUCAGAGGAGAGGAAGACAAGCUAUUGUAAGGGCAUUGGCAAUAAUGUACUAGUUGCAGCUAAUUAUUUUUCCAAGUAUUGUAAAUAAUGUCAUUGUUCAUAUUUUAAGUUGUACAACCUUGGAAUGGCACCUUUAAUUAGUCCUAUGUGCAUUUUGUUUAAAAAAUUGUAAAUAAAGAUGUGUACAUAUAUGAUGCUUACAUUUAGAACAGCAGUGUUGACCAUGUAUGGUGCAAAGCUGUACUAUAGCCUUAUUAGUUGCCAAUAUGGUUGGCUGUCGCCCAGAGGGUACAAAAUGUUAGACUGUUGUCUGUCCACUUGUUCAUAGGUGAAUGAUUGUGCAUGUGUUGUAUGACAUCAUUAGAUGCAAGAAAGGAAGCAAGAGGAUAACCACUACAUUGCAAAUAUUAUUGGACCAAACCAUUUAGUAUCUCCAGAUGUCUCAUCUUGUACCUUUUUACCUGUCCUGAAAAAUGCAUAUAGUUGCAGUAAUGUGUAAAUUAAAUAUAUUGUGCAGAAAUGUAA